UAAUACACAGAUAACAACCAGUUAGAUAUUGGGUUUUUAUUUAGAUUAUUGAAUUUGGUAGAAAUACAACAGUAACCAACAAACAACUGCCACGUGGAGGUUCAAGACAUGUAGUAUGAUACCUGAGAAGGACAUGAUUCUGCCCCCUAACAGUCUGAAGAAGGCAACUAAUCUUUGACCCCUCAUUGACCAUUGAAUUUUGCAAAUUAACCCAUUUAAAAGUGAGUAAUUACUGUUCAAUUUUUUAUUUUUAUUUUACAAAAACCACCCUCCUCCCUAAUACCUCACUAGAACACACUCACAAGUGCUAAGCACUCGAAAAAGAACCUUAACCAUUCGAUCACUAAACGAUUAACGAUCAAGAUUAAUUAGUACAAUAAAUGCAGUCUCUUCCCCCAAACUCCACCAAAAAAACCCCUCUAUUAAGAUGAGCACAAAGAAAAAUAAGCAUAAGCUAGCCAACUCUCUCCCUCCUCCUUGGUCUUUAACCCUCUCAAUUAACCUUCCAUAAAAUUACCAUUCCUUAACAGUCAUUAGCCAAAAAUCCUCGUGUUUAAUUCUUCCUUUCAACAAUGGAUUAUGAAAAUGACAACUUGAGGGAAGAAAAAGAUUUUGUCUCCCCUUCCUCCCAACAACCACCACCACCAAUGUUCUUGUCGGAAAAAUACAUCACCACCGCCACCAUACAACCCCACCACCACCAAGUUGAUGAAUUUCCGUAUGAGCCACCGCCAAUAUUACUCCCGCCGCCGCCGCCGUCGUCAUCAACUGGGUUUCUCCAAGAAUUCCACAACCUCGACGAAGAGGAAGAUAAUUUCCACAAUGGGUCGUCGUUAAAUCAUCAUCAGGUGUUCGGAGUCCACACCAGUGGCAAUUUCGACUCUUCUUCUUCUUCUUCUAGUUUCGGUGGUUUCCCUUACGGUUCUUCUUCAUCAUCAACCAUGGAUUUUCAUGAGUAUGAGUGCAAGCCCUUUGCUAAUAAUAAUCACCAUAUCAAUGGCGACGGUAAUUUCCAUUACUCGAGCACCAUUAUCCCUCACCGGAAUUAUAACUAUAAUCAUCACCACGAGAUGGUUGAGAUGAUGGGAUCCAAUAGUAAUGCCAACAAUAAUCCGAUGGUGAACAUGGUCGGCUUACAAGAGAUGAAGCCAUUUUCUGUAGCCGCCGAUGAAGUCAUGUUGUCGCCUUGUGUCAAUCCGAGUAACGGUGGAAAUUGUCAUCACAAAAAUGUCCAAUUAGCAGACUAUUGCUACAAGAAUAAAAUGAGCAGUAGCAAGAAUCAUAGAGGUAGCAACAGAGCUCUAGGAUUGCCUCCUACUACAAAGAAGACAUGGAAAGGCAGGAAGAAGAACAACGUUGUCAAGGGUCAAUGGACCGUCGAUGAAGACAGGCUGUUGGUCCAGCUAGUGGAACAGUACGGGAUCAGGAAAUGGUCUCACAUUGCUCAAAUGCUGCCUGGGAGAAUCGGGAAACAGUGUCGAGAGAGAUGGCACAAUCAUCUCCGCCCCGAUAUUAAGAAAGAUACGUGGACAGAAGAAGAGGACAGAGUUCUGAUACAGUCGCACACAGAGAUAGGCAACAAAUGGGCGGAGAUCGCAAAGCGGCUCCCGGGGAGAACAGAGAACUCGAUCAAAAACCACUGGAAUGCGACAAAGAGAAGGCAGUACUCCAAGCGCAAAUGUCGCUCCAAGUACCCACGUGGCUCGAUCCUACAGGACUACAUCAAGAGCUUGAACUUGGAUGGCGUCAAUAACCGUCACGGAGGCAGGAGAUCGUCAGCGUCCUCGUCGAAGAACAACAACAACAACAAUAGUUCGUCGGCAAAGGCGACGAUAGAUCAGCAGCAGCAGCAGAACAGCAUGGAUGAUUUUUGUGAAAAUGACAGAUUGGUACCCAACUUCGACUUCGGUAACGAAGAGGUCCCUGAUUUUGGAUUCGAUGACAAGAUUUUCCAGGACGGGUGCGACAUCGAUUCGUUGCUCGACGGGCUGCCCCCUUGUGCGCCGUUGUCGGUGGACGGGAAGAGCUUCGACGACGAGCCGGAAGUGGCGACGGAGGAGGAUGGGGCUCCGGCGGCGUUGUUGGACUUUGAGGUGAAGAAGGAGCUGGACUUGGUGGAGAUGAUGCUCGUGUCACAAAAGAAAGGAUUUUAAGAAAAUAUCAUGACCAAAUCGCGUAAUAAUAUGCUCAAAAGGGAGAUUAUUGUUUAAAAAUAUUGCCUGGUAUAUGAUGGUGAUAUUAGAUUUUUGGGUAUGGAAGAAUAUUAGUUAUCUACUAGCUAGCUAAGUAGUACUCCAACUUAUUUUUGCCAAUUCUUUUGGCAAUUUUUGCUUUCUUUUUUUGGAUGGAAUUAGAUAUACACGUGCAUAUAGAUACAUGAAUUUGUGGACAUCAUUUUGUUGUAGAGAAUGAGAAUUUGCUCAUUGAAAAUGGAAUAAAUGGGUCUUUGAUUA